AUGGCAAACCCUUCAACUGAUGGUCAAUUGCCAGUACCUGAAACUCAUCUGGAUCUGUUCACUUCUCAAAAUGAAAGAGGCUUUUCAUCAAUGUCAUCAACACGAAGCCGUUCAUCGUCUGAUACUGAAAAUCGAAGCCAUUUACCUUGUGUUACUGAAAAUAGAAGCCGUUCGUCUUCUACUACUAAAAAUCAAAGCGGUUCACCAUGUGCUAACGAACACAGAAGCCCUUCAACAACUGCUACUGAAAACAGAAGCCGUUCACUAUGUGCUACCGAAAGCAGAAGCCAUAUACUAUCUCCUUCUGAAAUCAGAAGCCGUUCACCAUCACCAUCAGCAAAAUCAACCCAGUUCACGAUAAACACCGUCGAGGAUUCUGAAUCCAACUCUUCCGACGACAACUCUUUCUCCAGCUUCUCGUCCACCUUCAAUGAUGCCAAAACUGAAUGGCGUAGUAUCUACACAGCCGCGAUCUUAUCUUUCAUCAGCUCGGUCCAAUUCUCUCUGUAUCUGUCGUCAAUGUGGCCAUAUAUGCAGAUGGUGGAUAAGAGAAUCACCGAAAACUUCUUCGGCCUAGUAGUAUCAGCCUUCAGCAUUGGCCAAAUUGUGUCGUCACCGUUAUUUGGCUACUGGAGCAAUCAAAUCAAAAAAGUCACCCCGCCCCUGAUACUCGGGUUGAGUAUGAUGCUAUUGGGAAAUGCACUGUAUCUGUUGAUGCCCAUGAUGCCAUUCCCAAAUAGAUACCUUUUGCUAAUUGGCAGGUUAGUCACCGGCAUUGGUGCUGGCAAUACAGCACUGUUAAGAACGUAUGCAUCAACAGCAUCUACCGCAAAUGACAGGUCGCGAGCUAUAGCUUUUGUCACUUGUGGCCAGGCCUUGGGCAUAGUGGUUGGACCUGGUAAGAUCUUUUAGAUAGAGCAAAAUAAAACACAAUAGUCAUUUGAAAUGACAUUUUUUGAAGUAUAAGGUUGUUCAAGUAAUUCUGCGCCUCUAUCAUCACCAGUUUGCUUUGAAAAAAAAGCACAUAAUUAUUUGAACAACUUAUUAUAAUUGAUUUUAAGAUGAGUUUUACUAAUUUCAAGGUUAAUAAGGCGUAUUAGCAAAAUUUUAAAAAAUGAAAGUUAAGUGGAAGAUUUGUAAUGUAUUUUGCACUGAAAAUCUUCCACUCAACUUCCAUUUUUAAAAAGUAGAAAAAGUGCGUUUUUAAGCAAUUUUAAGACAUUUUAAAAGUGGAAGUUAACUGAAAGAUUUUCAGUGCAAAAUACAUUACAAAUCUUCCACUAUACUUGCACUUUCAAAAAGUGCCAAAAACGUGUUUUUAAGUUAUUUUAAGCCAUUUGAAAAGUGAAAGUUAAGUGGAAAAUUUUCAGUGCAAAAUACAUUAAAAAUCUUCCACUUGACUUCCAUUUUUCAAAAGCUUCAUUUUUAUUGAAAAAAUUGAAAAAUAAAAUUGUAUGUUACCUACAAUAAUAUAAAAAUUAUUUUCAGUAUUCCAACUAGUCUUCACUCCACUAGGCUUCCCUGGCUUUGCCUUGUUGAGCCAGAAGCUUCGUUUCAAUCUCUACACCGCCCCCGCCUACUUUGCAUGUUUGAUGAAUAUUGUCGGCAUGUCACUUCUAAAAUACGCCUUUACCGAGAAAUACGUUGGAAUUGUAACAACUACCAAAAAAGUAGAUUCAGAAUCCGAUUUGGAGAAGCAAGAUGUGGAAGAGGUGGAGGUGAAGAUACCCAAGUAUGAUCAAAUGGCAGUUGUCAUAUGUUAUGCCACACGGUUUGUUGAUGUGUUUGUUAGAACAAACCUGGAGACACUGGGAUCCGCCUUCGCUAUGAUGAUGUUCAGUAUGAAUGAGAAUGAAAGUGUCACCUACAACUCGGCUGCUCAAGGAUUCGUUGGGUUCUUGACUUUUGUCACCUAUGUCGUCUAUAUCUGUUUCCAUUUAGACAAGCAGUGAGUUUACGGAGCACUUGAACAAAUUACAAAACUUUAUUAUGUAGCGAAAGAUACGGUAGGAGUAGAAUAUAAGAAGAAUAAAGUAAACGUCAGGUAUGAUAAAGACACAAUUGAGUAGGUUAUGGUAAAGACACGAUUAGGUAAAGUAUGAUAAUGAGUAUAGAAUGAUAAAAGUAGGGUACGGUAAGGUAAGGUAAGGUGAGGUAGAAUAGCGUAGGAUAGGGUAAGGUAGCUUAGGUUACGGUAGAUUACGGCAUGCUACGGCAGGUCACGGGAGGGUACGGUAGGUUACGACAAAGCACAGUAGAGUGAAAUAGGAUAUAAAUAGACAGAGUAGAGUACUGUAGGGCAUGCAAGAGUACCAUAGAAUACGGUAGGAGACAGUGGUUAAGGCGACGUAAGAUAGAGUAGGGCAAGGUAAAAUAGGGUAAGGUAGAAUAGAAUAGAGUAGAGUAGAGUAUGGUAGAGAAGGGUAGAGUAAGAUAGAGUAGGGUAAAGUAAGAUACGGUAAUCAAAAAUUACUUCAUUUCAAAUUUUUUAAAAAUUUAUUUCAAAAUUUUGCAGUAUUAACAUGAGAGUUGGAUGCAUAGCCUCGCUUCUUGCCCUAGUAUUGUUCCACUUAUUAACCUUCUCAUGGCCAUUUUUGCCAGCUCUUCAAGAAGCAUGUAAGUAUAAGCAAUUCCUAUAUAUGCUCGUAUUUUACGUUCAAAACGACAAAAAAACCUUUUUAGUUCAAAAAAAUGUCAUGUGUUUAAAAAUAACACAAAAAACACGUUUCAAAAAGUGGAAGUUCGGUGGAAGAGUUGUAAUGUAUUUUUCACUGAAAAUCUUCCACGCAACUUCCAUUUUUAAAAUGUCUUAAAAUAACUUAAAAAUACGUUUUUGACACUUUUUAAAAGUGGAAGUUUUGUGGAAGAUUUUUAAUGUAUUUUGCACUGAAAAUCUUCCACUCAACUUUCGAUUUUUAAUUUUUACAAAAAUAUUAUUUCAGGCCUACAAUUAACCAAAACAGCUUUUAAAACGUUUUUCAUUACCUAAACACUUUAUUUUUUUAUUUCAGACGACCCGGACGACACCGCAAUUGGCUGUAACUAUGGUCGCUUCGACUGGUGUGUUCGUAUGAACGCAGUAAACGUAUACCUCUACUACGGUUCCUAUGCCAUAGUAAUUGGACUAGCCUUCCCACUGCUCAACAUUACCAUGAACACCUUAUUCUCUAGAAUAUUAGGUCCCAGACGUCAAGGUACCGAACAAGGUAUACUACAAGGUGCUGGAGGUCUAGCCAGACUAGUUGGACCAUUAGCUGGAAGUGCGCUUUACAGUGCAUGGGGCCCUCGACCAGUCUGGGCCAUGAUAGUACUUGUUAUUGUUUUGGUACUCUUGGCAUGGGCUAGAAUGUACAGUAGAAUGGUACCAUUUGAGGCUAGGCUGAAGCGGCGACAAAGUGCUUUCUCAUGCGCUUCUGAAGUCACUAUGGUCAGGAAUGACAAGAGUGACGUCUCGAAUGAAGAACAAUAG